ACCCCGCACAUCUUGCCUUCUCCCCUCCCGCUCAACUCAACUUCUUUCCCCCAAAAAAUCUCACCUUCUUCCUCGCGAGCUCCACCAAUGGCCCCGAGCCGGAGACCCAAACCUGCUAUCAACGCCCAUCCUGAGGGGCCAGCCGGAGUCCCGAAAUCGACCCACUCCGCUGGCCUCAUGCAGGCGGCGCAGCGCAUCCACCGAGUCCGGGCCAACCUCCGGCUCCACGGCCCGCCCGCGCCGCCCGCCGCCGCCCACGAGGCCGGCCUCCGCGAGCUCAGCCUCCUCGACUUCGUCCGCCUCGACCUCCCCUCCUCCGGCGCCCCGCGCCCCGACCUCGUCGCCGAGCUCAUAGCCAACCACAGAUCCGUGAAAUUCGAUCUCGAGUCGAGCUCCGUCCGCGGCGCCAGGAUCGAUCUCUCCAUCGGCGCGUUCGCGGAGGCGCUCCGCCUCCCAUGGCCGCCCACCGAGCGUCCCCCGGCAGGCGUCGGCGUGGGCCUCGCCGUCGAGUCCGCCGCGGCGGUGGCGUUCGCCAAGGUGUACGUCAUGUCGCAUAUAGAAGCUGCUGUCAACAGGAAGGACCGUCACCCGCGGAGCCACCUGUUGCCUAACUUGGAGUGGGGCGGCGGCCAUGGGAUUAACUGGGCGACUCUGAUGUGGUGCGAAGCGAGGGACGAGAUGGCACACCUGGUUCAGAGGGACAGGAGUGACCAUGACUGCUACUAUGGCGCAUACCUGCAAAGGAUCAUUUGGUGGCAGAGGCCGGACCUCUUCCAGUUGCCGCCGGAGCCCGGUGCAUCACACGCCCAACAGGCGCUUGGCAGCGACCAAUCAGCUUCCGAUGAGAUCCAAACUCUCCGCUCGGAACUGCUGCUCAAGAUACAUCAGGUUGAGGUGAGAUCCAGGCAGAUCGAUUUGGCAUUAGAGAAGAUCGACGCCGCCUCCAAAGCCAUCGAUGCGACAUCCAAGAAAUUUGAUGAGAUAUCCAAGCAGCUGGAUGGGAGAUCAAAGCAGUUGGAUGCGAGGUCGGAGCAGCUCGGUGUGAUACCUGAACCAAACAUUGAGCACGAAGGGGACGCUCACGCGCUCAAGCAGGCGCUGGCUGCCAAGGAGAAAAAAAGAAAUGAUGACUUGCAAGAUGCCUGGAAUGCUCGGAAAGUGCUGAUGUUGGCCUUGCCCUCGGAUAAGUCUACAAAUGCUCAUGCACAUAUAGGUGUCAGAUGGAUGGGUGAGCUUGACCCAAGAGCGUUUGCAAAUGCUUGCAGCAAAAAUGCAGCACAACAGGAUGCACAAGUUAAUUAUGAUACUCUUUGCUCCAAGUGGCAAGAUGAAAUUGCAAACCCAAAUUGGCGCCCGUAUAGGGUAUUCACCGUUGAUGGUAAAGAGACGAGAAUUCUCUCCAAGGAUGACACCAAGCUUCAGAAGUUAAAAGAGGAGCAUGGUGAAGAAGUCUACGCCUUGGUAACAAAUGCACUGCUUGAGAUCAACGAGUACGACCCCCGCAGCCGCGUAGGUGUACCAGAGCUGUGGAACAAGAAGGACGGUCGGAGAGCAACACUGGAAGAAACCAUCCAGUUUGUCCUUGAACAGAAGCAGUCAAACAAGAGGAAGCGCUGAGGCCACUUAUGAUUUAUCUAUGAUCUAGGGUGCUGCUGCUUUUGGUUGCCAUGAGACUAUUCACACCUUGAACUUUAGACAUAGUGUAAUCGUAGUGCUAGUGGACUGUUUUGAGGUAUCAAUGGUUUACUGUUUCUUAGCCUUGACCCCCCUUUUGUCGGCUAAGUCGAUCGAGCUUAGCUAGAUUUUCUUGUUUUAGUGUUGGCAUGAAGCCAUGAAUGCUAGUACUAAUCUAAAAUGUUGAUUUGCUCCA